CUAUGCCAAAAUAUUAUGGCGUCAUGUCUAAUGCCACUUGUUGGAAACGUGUAUUUUCUUGAGACGUGGACACAAUAAUAAAUGUUUUUCAUAAAAUAGACCAGGAGUAGACAUUUUAAAUAGCAUUCAUCAUAUUAUAAGAUAUUUUGAGUGAUAGUAAUCUAACGAGAAAAGCCAGCAUUCAGUUUAUCAUAUGUGAACAUACCAAAGUGUGACAGACGCGACUUCUCCAAGAAUUUAAUGUGAUUCGCUAGAAUACUUUCGUAAUCUUGUAAAAUUAUGCAUCUAAUAUCGCAGAUGCUAUUGUUAUUUAGGAUAUUGAUGAUGAGAUAAAUUGAAAAUACGGACGAGCACAUGACGGUUUUGCGAAAUGAUGACAAGUCUUCGAUAUGGCACCAUCUGUUCGGUUUUAGUUUUAUUUCCUAUUUUAAUACACGUCAAGACAGAACCACAGGAUAUUUCGAAUGUUCAGCAUUUACCUGAUAUUAAGUUUAAUUCAAAUGAAUACUCGGAAUAUCCUGACAAUGAGGAUAGAGUAUCCAUGAUGCAACAGGAUGAACAACAACAUAUAAAAGACAAUUUAUAUUUACGAGGAAAUAGCCACCUUGAUAAAGAAGACUCAGUAAUUACAGAUGCUUUAGACAAAAACAUAGCAUGGGAUGUGCAUUGGGCUGCACAAUUGAAGCUGACUCAAAUGUCAGCAGUUUCUAUGGAUCCAUAUGGCAAUAUUGCUAUUUUUCAUAGAGGAAACCGUAUUUGGGGACCUGAUACUUUUGACAAUAGAAACAGAUUUGAUCCAAAUAAUGGGCCCAUAACACAGAAUACAAUUGUCCUUUUGAAUAAAAGUGGAAAGGUAAUACUAGAAUUUGGAAAAAACAUGUUUUAUCUUCCACAUGGUUUAACCAUUGAUAAGUCUGGAAAUUAUUGGAUUACUGAUGUAGCGAUGCAUCAGGUAUUUAAAUUUAAUGCUCAAGAUAUAGAAAAGCAUAUGGAAGAAUUGAAACGCACACAGUUUACUUCAAUGACUGGUGUAUCUAGCGAUCACACUAAUAUAAAUAGCAUAUUAAAGCCAUCUAUAAUACUGGGAGAGGCUUUUGUGCCUGGUAAUGAUGAAACAAGAUUUUGUAAACCAACAGCUGUUGCUGUACAUACUAAUGGCGAUUUUUUUGUCAGCGAUGGAUAUUGCAAUUCUAGAAUAAUUAAGUUUAAUAAGAAUGGAGAGCGAAUUCUACAUUGGGGACGACAUUGGGGUGCUGGAGAGCCUGUCUAUUCGCAGUUGCCUCCACCAAACGCAUUUCUCGUCCCACAUGCUUUAGCACUCGCGAGUGAGUUGAAUUAUAUUUAUGUUGCUGACAGAGAAAAUGGCAGAAUAUUAUGUUUCUUUGCGAGCAAUGGUACAUUCCAUAAAGAAUACAGGGACCCUGCUAUCGGUGCACAAAUUUAUAGUGUUAGCUAUGCUCGAGAAAAAUUAUAUCUAGUCAAUGGACAAGAUCUAUAUAACCCAAUUAAUCCAAUACCAGUAAGAGGUUUUGUGCUUGAUAUCUAUUCUGGAAAUAUAUUGUCAGUGUUUGCACCUAAGGGAAAUAUGGAUAAGCCUCAUGAUCUUUAUGUGACGGAAGAUGGAUCAGAGAUAUAUGUAGUAGAGUUAAAUAAUCACCAAAUUUACAGAUUUUUACAAGGUGUAAAUGAUUCUGUACAUCUUGAAGAUUCACAAUCUAUUAAACGGCAUCGACCUAAGAUCUUAGUACAUCCUGAUACUAAAGAUGCCGAUAUUGAAAAGACUAAUAUGACGAAAUUGAUUCUAGGUCUUGGCUCAGCAGCCAUUUCUUUUAUUACAAUAUGUGUUGCAAUUGCUGCCAUUGUAGCAAGAUGUCAAAAAAGAGGAUGUUUACUUACAAUGCGGAAAAGGAUGCGCUGGGAAGCUGAGAGACGUGAAAACUUUAAGCUGUCGAGUCUGUUGGAGAACCGACGAGGCAGGAGCUUCAAAUUUUUGGAGAAACGACCAAACACUCGCGACUUCAGCAAACUGAAUACGGAGCCGGAAACAUCGGAGGACGAACAUCCCGAGAACAGUCUCGCGAAGGUUAUUUAAAUUACGCAAACACGCACGUCGAAACUACACAAAUCACGCAAAUAACAGUAUUACCGUAUCGAAACGCGACUCAAUUGCGCGCACUCAAUUUGGUGUCCGACCGACUCUCGACUUGGCGCCCAAAUGACUUGGCGCUACAAACCAACAUGGCGCUGACGAUUACUAGCAUCAAUCCCGGAUGGUACGCGAGCGAGUUACUUUACCGACUGUCGAAUAUAUACAGAAAUCUGACAUUAUCGACUCGAAUACGUAUCACAUUUAUAAAACCAAAAUAUCAUUUUUUUAUUAAUAUCAAUUUUAUUAAUAUUUUGUCAUAUACACUGACGAAGUAAUAUUAAAGACCGUCGCUUUUAAGGAAAUUUUGUGACUAUCAAAUGAAGUCGAUUUGAUAAAUAUAUUAAUACAUAUAUAUAUCAAAGGUUUUUUGUUGAACCAAAGGAUAACAACACGAGUGUUUUCAUUUUCUCCAAUUAACAUGUACACUUUUAUAUAAUCUUCCAGGAAGAUAAUAUAAACAUUAUCGUUUUACACUAUUUAAGUCAUAUCCCUAUUUUAAUGUUGAUAAUAAAAAGAUAUUUAUAUAUAUAUAUAUAUAUAUGUAUAUAUUUACAGUUAUAUUAUAUAGCGUGCAACAAAAUUUUUUGUCACUAUUUGUCAUUAGAUUAUUAGCUUCUAAUAGCAUAUAGUCGGUGAUUAUAAUUGCAAUUCCGUUAUUUACAUCUAUAUAUACAAAUAUUCUACAAAGGACUUAAAAAAGAAAAAUGAAAAAAAGCGAUAAGAACAGAUCGAUUUGAAUUACAUAAACGCAGAAAGUAAUAAAGAUGUAAAUCAAGCUACAAUAAAAUUGCUUCUUCAGAUAUUAUUAUA